CAGUACUCUCGAGUCUCCACAAUUUUCUCUCACUCCAUCUUUCUCUUCCUCUGGUCCAAAUUAGUAUUAGGGUUUAUUCAUCUAGAAAGCAAAAAUGCGUCCUCCAAGAGGUGGUGGUGGUUUCAGAGGUAGAGACGGUGGUCGUGGGAGAGGAUUUGGGGGUGGCGGUCGUGGGUUUGGGGGUGGCGGUCGUGGGUUUGGAGGUGGUCGUGGUGGCUUUCGAGAUGAAGGUCCUCCUUCUGAAGUCGUAGAGGUUUCAUCUUUCUUACAUGCUUGCGAGGGUGAUGCAGUAACGAAGCUAACACAUACAAAGAUUCCAUAUUUUAAUGCUCCAAUCUAUUUGCAGAACAAAACCCAGAUUGGCAAAGUCGAUGAAAUCUUUGGUCCUAUCCAUGAAUCAUUAUUUUCGGUUAAAAUGAUGGAAGGCAUUGUUGCAACUUCAUAUUCAUCGGGAGACAAAUUCUAUAUUGAUCCAGCAAAAUUGUUACCAUUAGAGAGAUUCCUUCCACAACCUAAGGGUUCACAAUCAGCUUUUAGAGGAGGUGGUCGUGGAGGAAGAGGUGGCUCCAGAGGAGGAGGUCGUGGUGCUCCUUUUCGUGGUAGGGGUGCUCCAAGGGGUGGCAGAGGUCCUCCUAGAGGUGGACGUGGUGGCUUCAGGGGCCGAGGGAGAUUUUAAAGCAGCAGUCCUCUCUUGUAAUCUUUCUGCUUAUUGGUCUCACUUUAAUUUCUCAGUCAUCUUGGUGGACUUAUUUGAAGUACUUUAAAUGCCAAAGUUCAGCAUGGUUUUUGUAGCAUUAGUGCUACUCCUUUCGCUGUUAAUGACGUAGUGUUUCUUUUUAUCACUCAAACAAAUACAAAUUUUAUAUCAGAACUCCAAAAAGAAAAAGAAAAAAGACGGGUUUCAUCAGUGUAAUAUUGCUCCUUUAAUCUGUCAGCUAAAUUUUCUCAUGAUAUAGCUUGUAAUACAGAUAGGUUAAGCAAUGAACAACUAUUACUAUUGAGUGCUGUCUAUUGUUAAGCAUUAGGUUGUCUUGCUUUUUGUUGUUAGACAUCUCUGAUCAAUGAAUUCUCAUUCAUCAGAUAAGUAUUCUGAUUCAUCAUCA